AUGGACACCACCACAUUCCACUCCUUUCCUCGACUACCUUUUGAGCUGCGCGAGCAAAUCUGGAAAUAUGCCUGCCGGCAGCUGAUGGAGAGGCGUAGGAACAUUCACUACCUGUAUAUGGACGAAAAUAGAAACCUCUGGCCUCGGGACUACGAUCGGAAGACCAAUGACCCAAGCAACACCACCAGAUCUGGCUUUACAUGGCAUACCUAUGUAUGGCAUGUAGGGCUAUGGACAGCUUGCAGGGAGUCUCAUGAUAUAGUAAAGAAACUCGAACGCUUUUACAUCAGAAUGCGCUGUGAGUUACGCGAUUGGCGUUGCAAGUGGGUAGUUACCCCCCAGAAAACCGAAUCUUUGCCCCAGGACCAAGUUAUAGAACUUCAUCGGGACAUAUGCCUCAUUACCAGCGAUUCAUGGGAGUCUCUUCUGAGACCCUGGAGACCGAUAUAUUUUCAAGCCGAAGAUGCUCGAGGUCGAAGGCGAUUGAAGAAACCACUGAACAUCGGCGUCAAGUUUGACCCAUUGUGGGCCGAAGAAAUGCAAAAGGCCGUGGAGACUACCUACUUCGCCACUGUUCUCCGUGACCUCCCUCCCCCAAUGGCCUUUGCGAUCAGACUACUUUUCCAAGUUGCAAACGAAUACCGUUUUUCUUUGAGCCAAUCGACGGUUAUGUUGAUCGACGAUAUAUCUGAAUGGCAAUCAUUCGACACUGAAGGGCAUGGUGGAUGCAGGAUCUUCGAUUCCGGCCAGGAGUACGUGGAGAUGGGAUGCCUUCUUGGCUUUAGUACGCAUAUUCCACGUCCGGACAGUCCUAUGGACGACUUUAUUGAGGAGCUCAAUUACUUGUUCAUGGGCAAAUUACAAGACGCUUCCCAGCGGCGUAAUAGGCGUCACAUCCUCGAUACUGACUUUCUUCUACCAGUUCUGAGACGGGAGAAACAAGUUCCAAUGAUUCGUCGGUAG